AUCGAACCUCUUCACGACUUCGAUUACACAAAGGUGCCGCCCAUCCACUACAGGCCGUUCCUUACCAUGGCUCACGUCUCACUCGGAGUCAAGAAAAUGCCACGAGACGACUGGAUCCGCAUCGACAGCGGCUACCUCGACCGCAUCCAGCAGCGCCGCACAAUCAUGCGCGAGCACGCCGCCGACGCCCUCGGCACCAGCCCCGUCGCUAACCCGGCCAUCGCGGAGCUCUACACAGAGGUCAUGGCAAAGCACCUCCCGCAGCGGUUCCCGACCAUGUUCCGCAUCAUCAAAAGGAGGCGGCAACUGCUGCUCAACCUGGCGACGGGGACGUCGCACUCGCUCGACGCGGCGGAGCUCACGCACGCGGAGAUGCUGCGGAACCUGGGCGAGAGCGUCGAGGAGGACUUUUACAUCAUGUGUCCGGACGAGCAAGGGGAGAUUCGGCUGCAAGGGUACGUCGCCUGCUUUCCCGGCGGGUUCCUGAGCUUUGCGAGGGUCGGCAUGUCCAUGAGGGAGAUCCAUCGGCCGGUGCCUGGGUACACGGAGAGGAUUGCCAAGGGCGCGGACCGGCACUUGGAGCGGCUCUCGCCGGGGAAAUACAUUGGACGCAUGAAUUGGAGUCUCCAAAUCGACGGCCCAGAACUCUUCCGUCUCGACGGGGCAAACAACUUUUACCCUGAAAAGGGCGACGCCCUUCCCGAAGAUGAAGACGCCGUCGAUAUAUCCACGUCGUACCUCAGGGUGGAGCAUCAGACGCUGAAUCGCCUGCCCAAGACCAAAGCCGUCAUCUUCUGCGUGCGGUCAUAUCUGACAUCUCUGGAGGACAUCAAGAGGGAGGGAAACGGGCCUUUGCUCCUGGAAGCUAUUCAGAGCAUGCCCGAGAAGCUGGGGAAUUACAAGAAGCGCCCGUUUUGGCGCCGGGCUGUGUAUGACUAUCUUGGCUCGUAG